AUGGAGAACCUGCAGGAGACCUUUCUCAGCUUGGAAGAUGGCCUGGGCUCUUCUGACAACCCUGUCCUUCUGUCCUCCUGGGACUGGAAAAAUAGGGCAGGGUCCAUCGAGCUGAAUCAGGGCUCCCCAACUCAGAGCCUUUCUCCAGCUCCAUCCCUGGAAUCCUAUUCUUCUUCUCCCUGUCCAGCAGUGACUGGAUUGCCCUGUGGGCAUGAUGGCAUCAGCAGUGGGAGCAGUGAUGUCUGCAACAGUCGUGAGACCAGAAGCCUGGUUGAGGUGGACUACAACAUAUUGGAUUUCCAGCCUGCCUACCUGCAGAGCGUUGGUGUCCCCAAGGCGCAAAAGGGCACCAAAGUCAGGAUGUCUGUCCAGCGGAGAAGGAAGGCCAGCGAGAGGGAGAAGCUGAGGAUGAGGACCUUGGCAGAUGCUCUGCACACCCUCCGGAAUUACCUGCCUCCUGUCUACAGCCAAAGAGGGCAGCCGCUUACCAAGAUACAGACACUGAAGUACACUAUCAAGUACAUUGGAGAACUCACAGACCUCCUUAACAGUGUCAAGAGAACAUAG